AUGUACAUCAAGAAGGAUACUCCCUGGAGCAAGACCCUCUACUCUGUUGUCUUUGUCUUUUCGGCGCAUUUUUGGGAGCCUUCCUUUUCCUGUUUGUUGUGGGGAACACCAUUUGCAAAUCUGGCACUGAGGGGACUGGGUUGUACCAUCAACGGAGGUCCCCUUUGGUUCUUUGGCAAAAGAAUCUACGAUGCCCCGCUCGUUUCAAUCAAUGGCCCAACCAUUGUGGAUUCCAGUUGGCUCAAUGGCCACAGCGUUGUUCGCGGGAAAAUCGAUUUGGGGCCGUGUCAUGUUGGUGGUGUGCUUCACGAGCGCACUGUAUGCCUUGCCCACACGUACCUGGAAGCCAAGGAAAUGGGUCCUUUUCAUUUCGUCGCUCCAACUGCUGCGCCUCCAGGUGGCGACAUUGUGUAA